GUUAUUGGCUGUCUGUGCUGCCGAGGAGGCUGUGGGAGGAGCUCAGGAGGAGAGAGAGCAGCGAGCGGAGCACUGCAGAGGCACCGGCUCCGUCCUGAUGCUCCACAGCCUGAUGAACAGAGCUGUGAGGCGCUGGGACGAACGCCGUGGGUCCAGGACUCUGAAGGGAAGCGGCACCAACACAGCAGCGCUGUCCAGCGGGGCGGCGCCGCGUGGAGGACACGGCAACAUCUGGAAAGGAGCGAAACUAAGCUGGAUUUCACGUUCGUGGAGAAACAUCAGAGCAACGAAGGAAAACGAGGGAUGAAAGGAAGGAGGGAGGAGGACACACGACGGGCGUCUCUGAUUCUGAGUCCUGGUGCUGGAGGCGGAUUCUAGAGGAAUAAGUCAGAGGAUAGAGCAGAUUCCACUGCAAAUGGUCUUCAUGUGUGUGGAUUAUCAGCCUUCUGGAUUCAGCACAACUUUUCCAUUUCACUUUUGGAAGUGACCAAGGAAAUGGAUUCUGACACCGACACAUGGUCCAACUGAAGACAAGCAAAAAAGCACCACUAGCUUCGACAUUCCAACAUUUGAUUGUCGUUGUCCUGAUUUCUCCUUUCCUCGUCAUUCACAUGUUGCUGUCACCGCUGCUCAUCGUGCAGGAAACCCGCUGAUGACAGAUAACAGCCGUAGGAGGCAGAGGUCGAGUGAUAAAAGCAGAUAAGUGAUGCUCAGUGACAGCAGCAGCAGCAGGUAAUCAGGCAGCACGUGUGCUGCUGCCCCUCAUCCUUCUGUAGCUAAUUCCAUCUCAAGGACCAUCUGUGGGCGAAAGCAGCGGGAGCAGGACAGAUGCUGUAUCUCUGCAGAGCCUCCGUGAGGGAAGUCAAGGAAAAUGACAGUUAUCAGCAGCAAACAGCAGACGAAGAGCAGCGGGUCCUAAGACGUCACUCGCUGCCGCCCUCGUCUGUCGGUGCAUAUUAGGAAAUGCUUCACCUAAAGCACAAUGCGAAGGUCUGACAGACAGAAGCAGCCGGAGCAGAGGCCACAUGUGACGAACAGGCCGGACAGAGUAGAAGCUGAGCUGAUCCAGGAGCAGAAGAAGCUUCACCAGCGGAGCGAAGAACCGGGAUCAGAGUCGCUCCAGGAGUGAACGGAGCUCAGCCUCAGCACAGCCUCGUGGGUCACUGAUCCACAGGUUAGUGGGGCUGGAGAGGAGGGGAGCAGAGCUUUGGUCCUAAACAAGCAGCUUUUACUCCACCAAGCACAAAACACUCAGCUGCCUCCAACUGUUUAAAGCACAGAAAACAAACCAGGUUUAACAAAGAGCACGUUACUGAAGCAGGGACGUCUCCGUGUUCACGCUGUUUCUGCACUUCAACCACUCCAACCUCAGCAGAACCAUUAGAUAAAUGAUUGAUUGACUCCUCUCAGUGACCUGUGAAACCUCUGUUCUGGUUUAUUAGUCAGCGGCUCUGUUGGUCAUAUUUAAUAUUUGCCUCUGCUGCCAUCGAUGUGACGACACGUUUUAAAGACCUGCUGAGUUUCAGAUAAAAUAUUGAACGGACUCAUCAGUGAACAGUUUUCAGCCCCCAGGAAUAUUCUAUUUCUUCCUCAUUCUCCUUCAUGCCUUAUUAAUCACAGCGGAGGAAAUAUGACACUGAUGAUGGCUGAGGACAAACAUCUGAACUGAAGACAGCUUCACAUUAAAUAUUUGACUGAUUCUGGUGUUUGUCUGGUGGAACUGAAACACAGUCAUCAUCGCAGGAUCAGGUCAACAGUUUGUUUUUACGCCCACAAACUGAGACGGAAUGAUCCGUUCCACGCUCAUGAAAGGACAGCGUUGCACCUGCAGGAAAAAAGCCUGAGGUCUUGCUCUGUGUGUCUCCUGUUUCAUCUUUGACAGACGCAGAUGUGGCUUUAACGGGAGAAACGACUGACAGCAGGAGUGUUUUAAUUAGGAGCCAGACGGAUGUUUCUGCCGCGGAGGUGACGUGUGACGGAUCGAAGCAUCUGCGUCUCAGUGAAGCUGGUGCAUUUGUGAUUCGAAGAAAAAGCACAGACUGCAAACCACACGAUGAGUAACUGACCUGCGGACAUCAGACCUGGAGGUGAAAGGUCACACAGACCAACUGGUUUCCUUCUGAGCGAUCUGUCAGCGGCAGCCGCCGUCAUGGGCUGUAACAUGUGUGUGGUCAAGCGUCCAGAGGAGCAGUACCGGAUCAUGUUCCAGCAGAAAGGCUGGAGCGACUCCCUGCGGCCGAUGGACAGACAUGGGAGCAUGAAGGCCAGAGGGAGACGACCGUCCCCGCUCCCACUGGACCGAGCACCAGCCUCCCAGGAGCCUCUGCACCCAAGCAGCUCCAUGCGCAGGAGUCACAGGCGGAAAGGUACGUUAAUGUGCAGCAGCAUUGGUACAGGCAGCUCCUCCCUCGCCUCCGUUGCCAUGGUAGCCAUCGCAGACUGUGUGGACAAUGCCACGCAGACGGACAUCAGCUUCCAGAACAUGGUGAUGCUGGGGCGCAGCCGGGGCCACCACCACCACCACCACCACCACGAGGGAGGGGACUCCGCCUCCCCGCCGCCACCGCCCGCCUCACCCCCCCUCCCUGACGCCAUGGGACCCUAUGGCAUCAAUGAUUUCUGUGUGUUUGAAUACAACGACCCCAACGACUACUUUGACGUAUCCCAUCAUGAGGUGGACAGACAGGACGACCUGGAGUAUGAGGAGGUGGAGCUGUACAAGUCCAGUCAGCAGGAGAAGCUGGGUCUGACAGUUUGCUACAGGACGGAUGAUGAAGAGGAUCUGGGGAUCUACGUUGGAGAGGUGAAUCCGAACAGCAUAGCAGCCAAAAACGGACGAAUCAGAGAAGGCGACCGGAUCCUACAGAUUAACGGCGUGGACAUUAAGAACCGGGAGGAAGCCGUGGCCAUUCUGACCCGAGAGGACAGCACCAACUUCUCGCUGCUGCUGGCCCGGCCUGACAUCGAGAAUGAAAACCCUGUCGACCCAGAGGACAACAUGGAGCUCACUCGAGAAGCAGGAGACUUCCAUCCAAAUCCUCGAACCUCCUCCGGCCCCGUCUACCACCUCCGCUGGGGAGGAGGCAGCACCGCCUGCCCCAGGGAAGGAGAGAGCAAGGAAGGCGCCAGGGAUGGCGUGGGUGUAGAAGAGGAGGAGGACGAUGAGGGAGAGGAUGAAGAGAGAAGACGGCAGGAGGACACAGACCCACCUGUUCCCCUCCCACCUCUGCUCAAUCUGGCACCGCUGUUGUCCAACAGCCAGGAGCUGGACAGCGGAGUGGGCCGGACCGAUGACAGCACCCGCUAUGAGGAGUCAUCAGAACACGACCUGCUGGGGGACCAGACCAGCGCCUGUAACACCAACACUACCAACACACCGGGCAGCACCAGAAAGUUCAGACCAGGACCCAGUCCCAGACCCAGUCCCAGACCGAGCCCUGGCCUGGGCCCGAGUCCCCGGCCGAGCCCCAGUGCUGGGCUUGGCAGAGGAGACACCACUCCUCCUUUCCUCCACCUGCGAGAGCUCCAGGCCAGCUCAGACUCGCCUCCGGGAGUGGACUGUCCGGGUGGAGGGGGAACGGGAGCCCCGCACCAUCACCACCACAAGCACCACCACCAUCAGCCCCCUCUGAGCAUGAUGAUGAUGAUGCCGGGCCUGACAGAGGAGGAGUGCCACCGGUACCAGGAGCUGCUGGAGGUCAAGUGCCAGUAUGAGAGACGCAAUGAGAGUCAGCAGCGAGAGGCAGCGAAGCCUGACCUGGAGGACGCAGAGGCAGCAGAGCCAAGGGACGUGGAGAGGCAGGAAGAGGAGGCUUCUUCUUCUGUGGUGCUGGAUGUAAGCGGCAAAGAGACUUUCAGCGAACACGAGAUGGCGCUCAUCGAUGAAGAGCUGCGCCACCUGGAGUUUAAGUGCCGCAACAUCCUCCGCGCGCAGAAGAUGCAGCAGCUCAGAGAGAGGUGUCUGAAAGCCUGGAUGAUGGAGGAGGAGGCGGCGGCGGCCAGAGCGGGGCGACCGGGCCCCCCAGAAGCGGGUACAGAUGACGACGAUGGGAACGACGGCGAGCCUCACCACCACGAGCUGUCAGCCAUCAACGAGCUCCCAGAACGAGAGCGAUGGGAUGACAAGGACACCAGCAGCGCCUACAACACGGGUGGAGAGAGCUGUCGGAGCACGCCGCUGGUCAGCACCGAACAGAUCCCGCCUCUGCACGAAGAGGACGCCGAAGGUGGCAGGCGUCUGGUGUCUCCACCUCUGCUCCUCCCCCUCAGCCGCUUCCCUCCACUGAACUCCCCCCUCACACAGCGGCAUCAUGGGAAAGACCGGGAGAGACUUCAGUCCAACUUCAGCAGCUCAUUCUCCCCAAGCACCUACAGGAAAUAUGACACAGCCAAUGGCCACACGGCUGGAGGCUCAAGCUCCACCCCCUCCACGCCUUCCAAGUUCAGAUCUCUGACCAGAGAUGUGGGGUCUUCAAGACGGGGCGUGGCUGAUGGGGGGCGGGGCCUAAGAACAGGUGGUGCCAACAACCGGACCGGCGGUGGAAGUGCAGAGUCCAGCCCUCACUUCACCAGACGAACCCACAUCCAUAACAAACCUCUGGAGCGCUACCAGAGCUGCAUGACGCUGCCCUCCGAGGGCCUGGUCGACCCUCUGGACAGGCUGAGGAGCGGAACGAGACCUGAGGGUGAGGAGAGAGGAGCCGGCACCGGGAGCAGCGGCCCGGCCAGCCCCCGGAGCGUGAACAGCGCCCCCUGUGGUCUGCAGGAGCAUCGCUCACGGCUUGGACUGGCUUUACCGCUCGGGGCGACGCACCCAGCGUCACCAGAACGAAUGGAGUGGAAGGUGAAGAUCAGGAGCGAUGGCACACGGUACGUCGCCAAGCGGCCGGUCAGGGACCGUCUCCUGAAGGCCAGAGCCAUGAAAAUCAGAGAGGAGCGAAGCGGCAUGACGACCGACGAUGACGCUGCCAGCGAGAUGAAGCAGGGUCGAUACUGGAGCAAAGAGGAGAGGAAGCAGCAGCUGCUGAGAGCCAGAGAGUACAGAAGAAGAAGAGAGUUCAUGAUGCAGAGCCGCCUGGACUUCCUCCGAGGAGACAGGGAUCCUUCGUCAACAUCUGGAGGCUUUGAAGACGCCCACUUUACCUCUCGACAGGACUCUCACGGCGGCAACAUCCGCUUACUGAGCCAGAAGAAGAUCACGAAGAAGCGGAACCGUCGGAUCCUCGACAACUGGAUCGCCAUCCAGGAGCUGCUGGCCCACGGCUCCAGGUCUCCAGAUGGGAAGAAAAUCUACAACCCUCUGCUUUCUGUCACCACAGUGUGAGGAGUGAGAGUCAAAAUAUCUUGAUUUGAUUGAGCUCAGAGGAGGAAGAAGCGUUGGGCUCGACGUAAUAGAUAACAUCAUUCAAAGGCUCCUCCUGUUAAUGCUGGUUCAGGAUGGAGUUUGACGAUCCUGACAUUUCUUGGCUCAGCUCACAGCUGCUCAAACAAACACAAAACUACUUUCACACAAGGCCAAAGAAUUCAAACCUCAGCAAACCACAACCACCAACAACAACAACAACAACAAGUGAGAAACACAAAAUGAGCUAAAGACGAACAUUCAGCCUUCAAAUGUAUUUGUAUUGUGUCUGCCUAUGAAUCUCUCUCCUGGUGAAAUAAGUUGUGAGGAAGCUUCACCCUGAACAGACUGACACAUAAAGACGCACAACUAUUCACGCCUUCCACCGACUCACUGAAUGUCUCGGGUCCCUCUGGACCGGUUACGUCUGGUCCGUGCUCGAGGACGGAUCGCAGCGUGAGGGGCUUUGGACAAGGACAGCUCUGGACCUGUGCACAAUGAGAUAAUACUGAAUACUUAUAUGCAUGAAAUAUAUAUUCAGAGACGUGGAUUGUUGUUGAUGUAGAGUACAAACCUUGUGCAGACAUUUUCAUUAGUAAAAGAUGUGCAAAUUAGAUUGAAACUGAGCAACAUUAAAGAUAAAAAGCGCUUUGCUGUCA